AUGAGCUUGCUAGCAAAUCACAUAUCUCUCUCAGACGCUGCACAAUGUAACGAUGGUUUCAACCUCGAUUUGAAAGAAUGUAAAGCGGCUCGGGAUUCCAUCGCCUACGUGCCUGGUAAAGAUAUCAUCAAAUCGAUUGAACGCGCAAUUCAAGUCAGCUCCGGAAACUGCAUGAUACAAAUCGAUGUUGUGCCAACUCCAUCGCCAGUUAUUAGCAAAAAAGAAAUAGAGGGAACCAUCAACGACAUUCUGUCAUGCGCAACACAUGCCGGAAUAAACGACCCGGUCAAGAACAUCCAAGUUCAAAUUAGUAGUAUUCCUUCAUCAUAUAGUGCUACCUAUGGUCCAAAUGAGAAGAUGGAUACAGCAGUCUGCAAUACAGAUGCAGAUGGUGGCAAAAAUGAGCAGCAAGAUUGUUUGAAGGCCUUUAAUAAAAUCUCCACCAACAAACAGGGUCAGUUACUUGAUGAAAAUGGGCGAGCAACAUACAAAAUUUCAAGGAAGGAAAAAUCAUGUAUAGUACAGAUUUCUUCCACUAAUGGUCUACCAGUGACUGAAAAAUUGGAUAAACUUUCAAAAUCUCUCAACAUAAUACUGAACACAUGUAAGAAGCAAUCUGGUUAUCUGGCACGACUUCGUGGGACAGAUGGACUAAAUGGAAGAUUAUCAGUGAAAACAUUGAGUGCUUCAACUUGAAUAUGUACAAUGCUCUGCAUUUAAUUACUCUGUCCCUUUAUA